AUGAUCAAGAAGCGGGAAAGAAAGCUUUGGAAUCGCCUUUCAACCCUGGCAACUCUUCUAAAUCACCACGUACCCUCCUUGGACUCUAGCUCCUUCUCUCGCGUAAUCAGUUCUCAAAUUCAUUCGUGUGAAGAAAGGUGGGAAGACGAGUGUGACAAAUCUCUGUCCAAACUUCUUGCCUAUCAAUCUGUUGCUUUAUCCCAAGGGCGUGACAACUGUAAAAUAAUCCCUAUCAACCAUGUCAAGAGGUCAUCGAGGAUUCUUCAAAGCAAAUCUUUGAGCAGAUUACCAGUUCCUGCGAAGAAUUUACUCGAUCUACCUUGCGAACUUAUCUCACAAGUAUUGGACUUUUCCUUAUCGGACACAACUUCUUCCCAAGACACAUUCACCUAUACUCAAGUUUUACGAACCAUGAGGCUGGUUUGCAGACAAUUCGCGGCUUUACUACAGCGACGUGUACUGGAAUCUUUAACGAUCUCUAACAUUGAAAUGCUCACGGAGACUCUUCAAUUCUUCGAGUCUCCCAAGAACAUUAAUCAACUCAAAUUCGUCAAACGACUAUGCAUCUCACCUAAGGAUCUAUCAUCAAAUAAACAACUUUUGUUUUCUGGCAAGAUUUGGGAACUGUUUAAGAUGCUUAGUUCUAUUGGCUUGAAUGAAGUGGAGAUUGAUCAUGUUCCUAGUUCAUCUUCCGAACUAACCUCCAAACGAGAUCAUUCAAAGUUGAGAAAGUUAGUCUCAAGUGAUUGUAAUUUUAUGGUCGAAUACACUUGUCUCGAAACCCUACUCUCAUGUACACCACAUCGGACAAAUUCUCAAAAAUACUAUGUUACGUUUAAACCCAAUCAUCCUCUCGAUAGAGUUUCCAAAUCUUUGGUAUUUAUGAAUCCAUCAUUCAAGGGUCUCGAUGUCACCGACACCUCAAGUGCUGACGCAAUACUCAAAUCAUAUACCUCGGCAGGUCAUUGUGAUAAUUGUCCAGAACUUCAAGUACUAAGAAUCCGAUCUAGCAAACCAAUCCUUCGAAGGUUUUGGCAAAGACCUAUGUUAAAGUCUAUAGAAAUCUUAAUACUCGAUAAGAUUACUGCAAGACUUACACAUUGGGCAAUAGAUGAUAAUCUUCCUUACGAGUUUGAAACACUAAGUAACUUGAAGCUUUUGGUCAUCACAGGCCUUCAACCCAAUGAUCGGAUUGAUCAAAGUUAUUCUGCCUGGCGUGAAUCAUAUGGGGUUAAAGUACUUAGAGCGCCGGAAGCUCAAGAAUUUUCGAUCAAGGAUAUCAUGCUUUUGCUUAUCAAGAGUGGUCAAUUUUAUGAUAUAUACCUGGCACCUCUUGGAGUGAAGAGACCUGCUAAAACUGAGGCAUAUCACACUAGAGCAUGCUGUGAUACUCAUUAG